CACUAUAAAAGCUCCUCCUCUUAAGUCAUCAUGUACGUACGCUUGCUUUCCUUUGCUCGAAUUUAGGAGCUUGGAGGAGAGUUGGAGAUGGAAGGGAAAGAGGAGGAUGUGAGGCUCGGAGCAAACAGGUUCUCAGAGAGGCAGCCGAUAGGGACGGCUGCCCAGAACCAGGAAAAGGACUACAAGGAGCCACCUCCGGCUCCACUGUUUGAGCCAGCAGAGUUCUUCUCCUGGUCCUUCUACAGAGCUGGCAUCGCAGAGUUCAUGGCCACCUUCCUCUUCCUCUACAUCACCAUCCUCACUGUCAUGGGCGUGGUCAAGUCCACCACCAAGUGCUCCACCGUGGGCAUCCAAGGCAUCGCCUGGGCCUUUGGUGGCAUGAUCUUUGCCCUCGUCUACUGCACCGCUGGGAUCUCAGGUGGCCACAUCAACCCGGCCGUGACCUUCGGGCUGCUCCUGGCGAGGAAGCUCUCCCUGAACCGAGCUCUCUUCUACAUGGUGAUGCAGUGCCUGGGUGCCAUCUGCGGUGCUGGUGUGGUGAAGGGGUUUCAGAAGGGGCUCUACCAGAGCAAUGGUGGCGGAGCAAACGUUGUGGCCGCUGGCUACACCAAGGGUGAUGGCCUGGGUGCUGAGAUUGUUGGCACCUUCAUCCUUGUCUACACUGUCUUCUCUGCUACUGAUGCCAAGAGGAACGCUAGGGACUCUCAUGUGCCUAUCCUCGCCCCAUUACCUAUUGGUUUUGCCGUAUUUCUUGUUCAUCUGGCCACCAUCCCCAUCACCGGCACUGGCAUCAACCCUGCAAGAAGCUUUGGAGCUGCAGUUAUCUACAACAAGGACCAUGCUUGGGAUGACCAUUGGAUCUUCUGGGUUGGACCAUUCAUCGGAGCUGCUCUUGCUGCCCUCUACCACCAGGUGGUGAUCAGGGCAAUCCCAUUCAAGAACAGGACCUGAGCUACCCUGUCAAGUUCUCAUGGCCUCUCAUGCUGUGGCCACUGCUAUGUCUCUUUCAUCUAUCAUGUUUGUGGAUUUCCUCCACCAGGGUCUUUUCAGUUUGGUCAUGAAGAAAGAUUAGGUGAUGAAACAGGACCAUCUAAGAAAUAAAUCCAAAAUAUUAUGAUCAUUACACAA